UGUUUCCAUGAUUUUGCGGUUGUAUUCUCUGGAAUGCCUGGGAAAAUUGGAUAGUUGGGAACGAUAAGAGACCAAGGGGAGUGAGCGGCGCGCUGUGUGACGUCACUGGUGCUGCCAUGGCCGGCGGCAUCCUGUCCUCCAGCAUGGACGAUCUGCUGCCGAGCUCGGUGGACGAGCUGUGCCGUAACCCGCUGCUCUGCCCGCUGUGUAACCAGGUGUACGACGAACCGUGCCUGCUGGUGUGUUUUCACUCGUUCUGCGCCAAGUGUUUGCGGGUGCGUGUGGUGGACGGACGGCUGAGCUGCACCAUCUGCAGUAAGACGACGGUGCUGAAGGACGGCAACAGCUUGCCGCCGGCUGACGUGCUGCUCCGCUUCCUGGUCGAGUUCUCCACCGAGGCGCGCACGCCCUGCGCCAACUGCGAGACCACCGAGAAUAUCAGCAUGUUCUUCUGCAACACCUGCGGCCAGGCGCUGUGUGAGCGCUGCAAGAACGAGACGCACCGCGCCAAGAUGUUCUCCAUGCACGAGGUUAUGACGCUGUCGGAGCGACUGCGCAAGGCCUGCAAGCAGUGUGCGGUGCACAACGAGCCCCACAUCAUGUUCAGCACGGACAAGAAGGAGCUGCUCUGCAUCAACUGCUUCCGCGAGUACAGCGCCGAGUCCAAGCUGCACUGCGUCGACCUGGACACGGCCUACUCGGACAGCGUGCGCCGUCUGGAGCGGACCGUGGUGAGUAUCCGCGAGCUGCAGAACUCGGUGCGGGACGGCAUCAUCUUGUACCGGGCGCUGCUGGACGAGGUGCGCCACAACAUGGAGGCCGAGAAGACGGCCGUCGCCACGUUCUGCCGCCAGCUGCACGAGACCGUCAGCCAGCUGCAGGAGCGGCUGCUGGCCGAUGUCGAGGGGCAGUACACGCAGAAGACGUCCACCUUCCAGCAGCAGCUGUGUGACCUGUGCGCCCUGCUGCCCGUGCUGCACGUGCACCUCAGCAUGUGCACCACCUUCACGCACUCGGCGAACAAGACCGAGUUCCUGGACCUCAGCUACUCGCUGAUGGCCCGGCUCUCGGACAUCGCUCACAUCGGCGUGCCGCUCAGGCCGAGCCAGACGAGCCAGGUGAAGACCAACUACCGGCGCGAGGUGUACCAGGCGCUGGACCCGCUGCUGUGCCCGUCGAGCGGCCCGUUCGCCGACCACUGCCGCGCCAUCGAGACGCGCCUCCAGGAGAUCACGGCCCGCUACCGGCAGCUGCGCGAGAUGUCGCCCGACCGCGCUGAGGUCGCGUGCCAGGUGGUGGACGGCGACAUCGUGUCGCUGGCCUGCGAGGUGGAGGAGGCGCGCCUCCGGCUGCAGCACCGCUGGGACGAGGUCAACACGCGCCUGCAGAUGGAGCGCGACGUGUUCUCGGCCCAGGUGUGUGACCUGCAGCAGCUGCGCGCCGACCUGAACCGCUUCACAAUCGCCAUCAAGCAGCAGACGUGCGAGCGGCCCUCCUCCUGCGACCCGCUCACCAACUCGCACUCCAGCGGCGCCGGCAAGAAGCAGAGCGAGGAGCGCUGGCGCGAGCUCUCGCCGCGCCGCCAGUGGCGCGACCGCUCCGAGGAACGCUGGCGCAGUGACGACGAAGGCCUGAUGGAGCGCGAGCGACGCAUGGUGCCCAAGCUGACGUGGUCGAGCCGCGGCGACGGCCCGCCGAUGGCCGCCAGCACGCACGAGCAGAGCGACUGGCGGGCCAGCGCCAGCUGGCCGCGCCGCAAGGCGCCCGUGCUGACGCCCAUCUCGCCGCGCGAGGUCAACACCGACUACAGCGCCGGCUCCAUCACCAGCAUCGACUCGCACCCGUCCGAGGGCGCGUCCCACCCGUCCGGUUUCACCAGCAUCGACUCCGCCCUGGACCGCACCGUCGAGCAGGUCAUCACCGGCAUCGAGAAGUCGGCGCAGCGCGUCUGCAAGUUUGGCCGCUUCACGGUGGCCAAGGUGUCGCGCGACUCGAGCGGCCAGGACAAGGCGAUCAAGAUCUCGGGCCGCGUGAGCGAGGUGCGCGGUGGCGCGCUGUCGACCGAGCGCCGACUCUUCCGGCGCUCGCGGCCCAAGCCGCGCUCGCGCGACGACGCCUGCGACAACAGCUCGCCGACCGACGACGAGCGCCGACACGCCUACUCCGACUCCGAGUCCAAGGCGUCGCGGCGCGCGCGGCGCGGGCCGGUCAUGCGCCGCCAGAAGUCGGCCGACGACUUUGAGGGCCACGAGGAGACGGUCAAGACGAUCGUGGCGGCCGUGCAGGAGUCGCGCACCUCGCGGCGGCGCAAGAAGUGA